GCACGGCCUCGGGGAGCGCCCACGCACUGCCCAGUGGGUUCUGGGUUUAUGUCCCAAGCGGGCGGCGGCACGGGCGCUUUCGGGGUAGGGACACCGUGGGGAGGCGUCCGCGGGGUGGGCCUCAGUGCCGAGUGUCCCCGUAGCAUCCGGGCUCACAGUCCUCGGAGCAGCGCGCUGACCGCCAUGCGUGGCCACACCGGGCCGGAACGCGAACGACCCCACUUCUGCGGGGCUGUUUUUUGAAGGUAUCAUCCAUGAAAAUAGCUCAAGCCCAGGUAGCCAAUGAAUGGACCCUGAUUAGUACUCAGCAUGAGCGUUUUCACAUCCAGGAUGUCACCUCAGGGGGGCAGGGAGCUCAUCUGUGCUCCACCUACACAGGAACCUGCUUCGUCCCAGGGGGCGAGGAUGGCUGCUCCGGGCCUGCCCCUCUGGCCCCAGGAGCCGGUGACCUUCAAGGAUGUGGCGGUGGACUUCUCCCAGGAGGAGUGGGAGAUACUGAGCCCCGCGCAGAGGAAGCUAUACAGCGAGGUGAUGCUGGAGACCUGCCGGAGCCUGGUCUCCCUGGAAACCUUGAAGAACCAGAGCAUGGAUGACUGCGUUGGGGAUGACGUGUUUUCGCUGGCACAAACCUCUGAUGCCACCAGUCUUUCCUCAGGGAGCGGGUAUUCGCUCUUUCAACCAGUGGUAUCUUUUCAUUUGGAGGAAGGAGAAACCACAUGGAUGGAGGAAAAUGGAGUUCCCCAAGCUUCUUGUUCAGAUUGGGAGACUAAACUGAAAGAUCAAGACCAAGACCAAGACCAAGACCAAGACCAAGACCAAGACCAAGAGUCAAUGUACAAGACGGUGGUUAUUGAGGAAGAACCAGCCGCUGAUGCACCUGCUGCAGAGCUCCUGGAGGAAGACUGGGAGUGUGAACUGGAGAGCCAUCAUGAAGCCCGCCUGGUGCGAACAGCAUUCAUCCAAGUAGAGGCAUUUGCUCAGGAGGAUAUUACUGAGUGGAAUGAUUUUGGGGAAAGCUGUAGCCAGAGCUCAGAUGUUUUAUCACAGGAAGAUUCUGGAGGAAACAACUUUCAUGACUGUGAUCUAGCUAUCGAGUAUUUGGUAGCAGAUUCUUUCUUAAAUCAUCAUCCAAUGGGCUAUACAGACCAGGGACCCUGUGUAAAUAACAAAUAUGGAAAAGACAUCAGCCAAAACAGCUACCUAACUCAACACAAAAUAACUCAGACGCCUGCCUACCCAGAAAGCGGGAAAUCAUAUAAUCAUGGUAUGGCUCUUUCUAUCUACAACAAAAUCAAUACAGGACAGAAACCGUAUGAAUGUAACCGCUGUGGAAGAACCUUUAACCGGAGGCAUUCCCUCAGUGAGCAUCAGAGAAUCCACACAGGAGAGAAACCCUUUGAGUGUCAGGAAUGCGGGAGGCCCUUUACACACAACUCCACACUGACUCGGCACUUGAGGACUCAUACCGGAGAGAAGCCCCACGCAUGCAGCGAAUGUGGGAAGGCCUUCAACAGGAUCUCCUCCCUCACCCAGCACCAGAGAAUCCACACAGGGGAAAAGCCCUAUCAGUGCAAAGAUUGUGGAAAAUCUUUCUGCCAGAAUUCCUACCUGAUUUUACACAAGAGAACGCAUACCGGUGAGAAGCCCUACAGAUGUAAUGUAUGUGGAAAGGCCUUCAGUGACCGCUCCUCUCUUAACCACCACCAGCGAACUCACACUGGCGAGAGCCCCUAUGGGUGUAAUCAGUGUGGGAGAGCCUUCAGCCGAAGGUCGUCCCUUGUCCGCCACGCGAGAACUCACACUGGUGAGAAGCCUUACACCUGCAGUGAGUGUGGAAAAGCCUUCAGCCAGAGCUCUUCCCUUAUCUCUCAUCAGAAAACUCACGCGAGCCGACAAACCUUUAAAAUAAUUGAAUGUGGCCCGGCUUUCUACGAGAACCACUGCCUUAUUGAAUUUUAGACAUGGCUUGCUGCCCUGGACUUUUUAAUAUUCUACCACACAAGCAUGUUUAGACUUUGCCCUUCUGAUGUGCUCAUUGAAAAAUACUAAGUUUAUGUCUUCAAGGGAAGCACUGAGGCCUGGACCGGCAAAGGGACAUUUUAACAGGAAAUUGCCGAAGAGCUAUGCCCAGUGAGCUCUGUCCUCCUGGAAGAGAUGGGGGGGACGUAUUAAGAAUGAUCACGUUAGUUGUUGAAACGAAACGUUUCCUAUUUCAACUGUUACUUUUUUUAAUAGCCUGUUUUAAUAUUUUACUUUGUCAUUGCACACCUGUUGGACCUCAAGAGGUCCUGACUGUGACACUACUCUGGAAGGCAGCACAUCUGUGACCAGACAGUGCUUUGGACCUACACCAGAAACCGAGUGCAAAAUCGUCUGUGUGAUUCCGUCCAGUGACGUGAACCUUAUACAUAAACAGACCAAGGGCAGGCCGAGAUGUGCGACAAGGAACAGUUAGUUUCUCUGUCACGGCUGUCUGGCUAGGUGUGACUUUCUGCCUUUCAUCAUUUCAUUUGGCAUGCUAUAAUCAUGUGGACAAUAAGUGAAAAUCAAGCAAUUCCAAGAGAUUUGUUUCUGUGGUUGGUCGGUCAAGGAGAAGUGUGGAUACCAAGCUGGCAAGAGGCAGCACGGUAUUUUGACGCGGAAAAAUGGAGUGGCCGUGGGUGUUCUGGAAAAGUCCCAACUGCGAGAUAGACUUGCCAGAGUUGCAACCAGGAGCACCGAUAAACAUCAUCAUUGCCGUUAACGUUUGUUGGGUGCUCGCAGUAUUUAUGGGACCACUAGCGUUUGUAUAUAUUUCCUCAUUUAACCUUACAACCCCAUGAGAUCGUAGUUCUUCAUAUUCCCAUCUUAGAGAACGGGAAACAGAAAUAAACUUUGCUAAAGUCAAACGAUUAGACGGAAUCUGGAUUUGAACCUGAGCGACUUAUAUAAGGUCAGUGCUGCAAGGAGGAAUAUAGGCAGUAUAUGUGUUCCAGAUUCUUCUUAAAAAUCAUCUCACUUUGAUGUGAAUCAUCCUCUUCCCUGAAGCUAAUGGAGGAGUUUGCUUGUCAGAUCUCUAACCUAAAAUGGACCUGAUUACAGGACUAUUGUUAUCUUCCCAUAAGGUCUGUGUAGACCCCCCUGGGUUGAUGGAUUAGUUUAUUUAGGAGCUCUGUGAACAACCUAAACCUGGACACAAAAAUGUGUGUUGGUGCAUAAAUGUACUUUCUGAGGACAGCAUCUAUAGGUUUUACAUAUUCCUGGAAACGCUUAUUUCCUUAGGGUGUAGUGAGAACACUAUUUUCCGUCUUGGUCUCGCCUUCCCUUCAACAUUUAUUGAAAAUAGGAGUCUUUGUUGUGCUAGGAGACUGUGUAUAAAAUAGUGGAGGUAUCUGCCUUCUAGAGACAACCCCAGUGGUGAAGAUGCAGCUUCAUGGGCUUGUGACCUAUGCAGGCACCCAAGGCUCCUCUCUCAGAAGAUCCUGUGAUUGGUUCAGUACUCUACUAUUACCAUUUAGAAAAUGUGGAUAAAUAAAGAAUGCCAAGAGGGCCUUCCAGGUGGUGCAACAGGUUCAAGCGCAGCAAUGUAAAGCUGGCCGCAGCUGCUUCAGUUGGAGUUUGACCCCU